AUGUUGCGUUUACAAUGCCACAACUUCCACACUCUCUCUCCCCAAAUUUUCCCUCUUUCGCACCACCACUCUAAUCAUCGUUCCUUUUCUCUUAACUUUCUCCUCAAACCCACCACUACCACCACUCUCUCAGCCCUCCCUCGCUCCAGACCAGACCCACUAUGGCUUGCCCAGUUACCAGGACCAGGACCGGAACCGGAACUGGAAGAAGAAGGUCCCAUAGAGUUAUUGAAGUCUUCUCCUUCCGUUUUUGCAACCUCAGAUGAUCCUGCUCCUAUUCAGGUUGCUACUAGUGUUCUCCUCACUGGUGCCAUUGCUGUUUUUCUCUUCCGCUCUCUUCGACGCCGUGCUAAGCGUUCUAAAGAACUGAAAUUUAGGUCAUCAGGGGCAAAGAAGACCUUGAAAGAGGAAGCAUUAGAUAGUUUGAAGACAAUUGGAUCAGCUUCCAUCGAUGUUAAGAAGCCUCCUUCCCCUGUUCAGGCGUUUUUAGGUGCAAUAUCAGCAGGUGUGAUCGCACUUAUUCUCUAUAAGUUCACCAUGACUAUUGAGGCAGCUCUUAACCGCCAGACGGUGACUAUUGUGAAUGGCUUGUGCUACCUUGCAACAUUUGUUUUUGGCAUCAAUUCUGUUGGUUUGUUCCUUUAUUCUGCCCAGCUUGCUUUCAACUCUUUAUUGGAACGCGGUACUGAUGAAGAAAUUGAAAGUAAAGCUAGUGGGCAGUCAGGUUCACCAAACUCCCCAUCUGAGAGUGCUACAGAUGGUGCUGAUUUGACGAGCAGCCAGGGAGAUCAAAAUCCAGACAAUACACAGCAAUGA